AUGAUAAAUAUAUCAUCCUCUUCGGAUAUUAUCAUAAAAGCGCUCGAGGAAUUAGAAAAAGUUCCUCACAUGGGGGCUCUGGAUGUUAAAUAUUAUAAAAUUUUAACCGAAAAGUUUCUAGAUCUAGUAUGUACUAAAGAAUUUCUUGAAUUAAGUAGCGGCGCAGUCACUCGUUUAUUGGGAAAUGAUUUCUUAGGAAUAGACUCUGAAUCGGAUGUGCUGAGAGCAGCAUUCAGAUGGAUUCAUGCAGAUAAAGAUGCCAGGAUAAAAUUUUCAAACGAUAUAUUGAAUUGCGUAAAAUUAGUUUACAUCGAUGCACCCGAUAUAUUUGCUUGCCUGGAAGGUAAAGAAUAUAUUUCGUUUAGUAGUUAUUGCAAUCAUCAUUUUCAUCAGGCUUUAUGGUAUCAGACUUGCAAAAAUCACAAUCAAUUAGAUAAAGUAUUUUUUGAGAUUCCCAAACCAAGAAAAUCAACACAUGCUGAAAUGUCAAAAAGCUGUUUGGUUUGCAUGAAAAAAAGUGGGUUAAGCAAUGUUAAUACAGCGACAAAUUUAUCUUACAAAUUUCAAAAUCAGAAAUGGACUAAAAUGCCUAACAUGUUAAAAGAGAGGUCAGAUCAUCAACUAGUAGCAUUUCAAAAAAAGCUGUUUGCGAUAGGUGGUUGCAAUAAACAAACCAUGCAGAUAGAAUCAGUGGAAAAUUACGAUCCACGAACGAAUGAAUGGUCAGAAAGUGAACCAAUACCAGAGGCUACUAUGUCUUUAGCUAGCUGUGUCCAAGGAAACUAUAUAUGGAUAUCAGGAGGCAUUAUAAAAUCUAGCAAGGAAGAUAAAGCUAAAAUGACAAAAAAUGUGGAGAUUUAUGAUCAAGUGCAUAAAAAAUGGUUUCAUCGUCCCCAACUUCUAAUAGCCAGAUCAUAUCAUUCCAUGAUUAGUUCUGGAAAGCAUUUAUAUAUUAUUGGUGGAGCAGCUUUGAGUGAUAAAAAAAUAAUAAGCCUAAAUUCUGUAGAGUAUUUUAAUGAAGGUUCCAGAACAUGGGAAUCAAUAGCAUCCUUUAAAAUUCCGAGACUGAGAUUUGGGUCAGUAUAUAUAGAUAAAAAGAUUUUGAUUAUGGGGGGUUACAAUAGUCAAAAUAACGUCGAAUUGGAUAGUUGUGAAUGCUUAGAUAUAGACAAUGAAAAAUGGGGAUCUAGAAUUGAAAAUAUGCCAGACCCUAUUAUUGGAAAUAUUUGUUCUAUAAAAAGUCUAACGGAUUCAAACCUGUGUUACAAAGAUUGGUACAACUUAUUUCAAAAAUUUAAAAACACACAAUCAAUAUUAUUAUCCGAAGACGAUAUAGACAUAAAUAAAGCUAUUCAGAUAGCUACUGCAGUAGAAAAAGCAAUAAGAAAUACAAAAUUAAUACAAAAUGAUGAAACUAAAAUCGAUCAUUUAGAAGAGGAACAUAAUGAUAAUAUAAAUAAAAUUAAAAAAGUUAAUAAUGAUAAUGAUAAACAAACAAAAUCAUAUAAUACUAAUGAUAAUGAUAAACAAUUAAAAUCAUAUAAUAAAUAUAAUGCGAGCUAUAAAAAACCAAAUCCAUGCCACUCCUGCGGUGGAAUGCCACUUGUUAUAAAUGCAACAAAAUUGGGCACAUUGCUCGAGUCUGUAGAAAAGAAAUAG